CGUAUACUUGAUAUUUUAUGUUUCGAGUACAUUGUAAAUAAGUUACAUUUUUAAUGAUUUGGUUUGGGCGCGUCGUGCCUGAGGAGCGGAGUGGAGAUGAAGAUGGCUGACCAGGCCGCGGUGGUGCUGCGGCGGAACAGGCCGGGGACCAAGGCCGAGAACUUUUACCGCUGGUGUGAUGAAGCAUAUGAAGAAAUGGAUUCCACUCUUGUAGUUCAGCAGUACAUCCAGCAAACUAUUCGUCUGGACCACAACAAUAUUGACACUAUACUCAAUGCUCCAGAAACUCAGGAUGAGGGUGUGUGGAAAUAUGAACACCUCAGGCAAUUUUGUAUGGAGCUCAAUGGAUUGGCUGUUCGAUUGCAAGGUGAAUGCCAGCCUUCAACAUGUACUCAGAUGACAGCAACAGAACAGUGGAUUUUUUUGUGUGCUGCCCAUAAGACACCAAAAGAGUGUCCAGCUAUUGAUUAUACUCGACACACGUUGGAUGGUGCCGCUUGCCUUCUUAACUCAAAUAAAUAUUUCCCUAGCAGAGUGAGCAUUAAGGAGUCAUCUGUAGCCAAGUUAGGAUCAGUGUGUCGUCGAGUCUACAGAAUAUUCUCACAUGCAUAUUUUCAUCAUAGACAAAUCUUUGAUGAAUUUGAGACGGAGACAACCUUGUGUCGAAGAUUCACUGUGUUUGUAACAAAAUAUAAUUUGAUGUCUCGUGACAACCUUAUUGUUCCCAUCUUAGAGGAUGAAAGUGCUGGACAAGGAGAAUCUGAAGCCUAAUGGGAAAUUGUUUCUCAUUAUCUUGGAUUAUUAGCACUUAGUAAUUGGUAAGCAUCUCUGGACUAGUACCUAUUCAUGUUUUACCAGCCAGUAAUAUAAACAUUGAUCAGCAGGUGAUUUUGGUCUUGGAUUCGUUUUGAAUUAAAAUAAUAUACGUAUAUAAUUAUUGUAUGAAUUCUUUGUACCACUUGAUUGUGUGCUCUGUCAUGUUUGUAAUUCUAACCAGUUUAUUAAAUUUCUUUGGUUAUAAAUGAUUAUUUAGAACAAAUAAAUUAACUCAUUUUUUUCCGGUAAAAAACUUUUUUAUGUCAUAUAUUUCUUCCACAUGGAGUUGGUAUAUCUUAAAAUCGUAUAUUUCAUAAAAGUAGGAAAUACAUUCCAAGUACACUACGAUGAUGUUCACUAAUUAUUAUAACUUUAAAAAAUGAAGGUUGGGAUUAGUUGUUGCAUUCUAAGCUAUUGGUCAUCUACUUCAGGAUGAUUUUUAUGUGAUGAUUUUAUGGUUUUAAACUGCUAUUAAUCAAACUAUUCACUGCAGAAUUUGAACUUGCAUUAUGUAUUCCUAACAAAAUCAUGACAAAAAUGCACAAAUUACAUACUAUGUAAUUUUUUUAACUUUCAAAGAUAUUUUCUUUCUAUGGCAUUUUCAGUAGUGAGGUAAUGUUUAUUUUUAAAACUUAAAAAUGUUCAUUUCAGAAUAAUUACAGCUUCUGAAUCUCGUUUGGGAGCUUGGUACCUAAGCCAGGCCAGGAUUAGGAUAAUGGAUUGUGUAGUUCAGAUAUGUGAAGUAAUGAAGUGAAUCAUCUGGAGGCAGUGCAAUAUAACUUUUGCAGGUAUGAACCAUGCUAGUUAUAGUGUUCAGGUAUUAGAUUGCAGAAUUGUUAAAAUUUUUGCAUACGGAAAGUUUGGAUUUAUAUUCUAAGAAAUGAGUAUUAUAAAAUAUUUAUCUGCAAACAGUAAAGAACUGCAUUGCUAUUCUGAUUCAUCAUGGUAGCAAGAAUAUAUUCUUUUUUCAAGUUAUCAUGUAAUACAAAUAUGUAAUGGAGGAGUAACGGAGGUCCUGUAUACAGUACCGUCUCGAGUUUCGUGAUCCUUCAAUUUUGUGCUUAGUCCUAAAUUCUUACCAUCCCGACUUUCGCGCAUUAUCGCCCCGAGUUUUGUGCUGUUUUGACAUGUAUGGGUCAUGUCUACUUACCAUCGGCAUCACGCACGCUGCCUUAAAAGGUAGUGUCACUCUGGCUGUUUUCUCCAAACAUUGGGGCUACGGCAGGAGAGAGAGAGAGAGAGAGAGAGAGAGAGAGAGAGAGAGAGAGAGAGAGACUUAUUAAAUGAUGAAGCCAGAGUUGAGGAGAGUGGGAGGUGAGGAUGUGAGGAACUCCUAUCCAAAUAGUCUCAAAAUACGUACAUUGGAAAAAGGAAGAGAACGGGUUGUUUUGGCUGACAGUUCUGAAAACACGCUUGUAAUUCGCCGGGAGUCCUAUGACGUCAUUGCUGGUGCUCACCCAAUCAGCGGCUUCACUGCCUUAAUGCAGUGUCACACUGGCCAUUUUCCUCCAACCGUUGGGGUUACGGGCAACGCUCGUACGCCCAACUGGGAGCGUGUUGUUGGUUGUCUGUAAGCUGGUGUCACACCGGGCCUUUUUCCUCCCACUGCAUUGGCGGCAGCUAGGGCAACCGGCAACUCCAACUUUUCUGGGUGUGUGUUACACACGGCCAAGGUCGGUUGCCUGUAUCCACACCCACAACAUAAACAAAGCUCUUGCCCUGUAUCGAUAUGGUGUCGUCUGCUAUAGUAAGGGCUGCCGCAGCUUGUGCUGCCAUUACUCAAGCUAUGGACUUGUUGCUGCAGUUAAAUGGAAGGAAGAAGUGGUUGUGGGUGUGGCGUGCCUGUGGUUCCUCUGUGCCAGAAGUUCUCAUUGUCACCAUUGCAUGUUUGUCCCUAACCCACCCAUCUAGACUCUGACCACAUAAACAUACGGAUCGAGUAACAACAAGCACACACACACACACACACACACACAUGCACACACCAGACUCAUUAGAUUAUGAUUUGGACUGACUGUUUGGCUGGAAUUCCAUGAUUUCCAAAAAUUCCAAGUUUUUAUGGAAGAAAAGUUGCUUAUUUUAUCGCAAUGGAGUCUGAAAAAUAUAGUUUAUAAUCUUUGACCUGGAAAUUUACUGUCUAUAGAGAGCCAAAGUUGCAGUGAAACUCAAAAAAAAAAUUUUUUAAAGUUUUUCAUUCUGGAAUGAAUCUCAUUGAAUAAAAGUUGGAGAAAAUGAUCCGUAUAACUCAACUGUGAAAUCAGAUUAUGAUUUGGACUGACCGUUUGGCUGGAAUUCCAUGAUUCCCCCCAAAAAUCCUACAACCCACUCUUUUGAACACUCCUGUGAACAAGAUAUUAGUUCAUCUAGAACAUCAGGUAAAUCAGUGGAGGUGUCAAGACUACGCUCAGCAUGCACACGACGAGCAGAAACUAAAGGAAGACCGCCAAAACUGAUAUGCUGAGGGAAUAUAAUCGCUCUGCAGAUGCCAUGAUGCGUAGGCAGGAACUGUAGACUAAUUUUAGCACGUAGUUGUCUAAGGGGCAAAAGAGGUGCCAGUUAGUCACUUAGGAUCGACAUAUAAUAGUUACACGUGCCGUUCAGUUUCCAGAGAGCUUCUCGUUUUCCUGCGCUGGCGUCAUGCUUGUUGCCCACGUCAGAAAAAAUUAUGCGACGCCAGCGUCAUAGUCAUCGUUAAGGGGUUAAGGCAGUGAGGCUGCUGAUUGGGUGAGCGCCGGCGAUGAUGUCAUUGGACUCCCAGAGAAUCACAAGCGUGUUUUCAGAAUUAUCAGCCAAUUGUAAGGCAGCUACCUUCAACUGCGGCUUCAAAACGACCCGUUGUCUCUUCCCAUUUUCUUCCUUUUUCCAAGGUACGUAUUUUGAGAUAACAAGGGAGUGAAGGGGGAAAAAAAAGUCAGCUUCUCCACGGGUUGGAACAAAUAAGCACUUUUUCAGUGUUUUCAAUACCCUGAGUUUAGCGAUCCUCGAGUUUAGCACUAUAUCUUCGGAAUGAAGCAAGUGUGAAACUCAGGAAGGUACUGUAGUUCAAGGAAGAAAACAUCUAAACUGUACAAUUUUUUUUAGAGAACCAACCUCUAGACACCAAACUCUGAGCACACACACACACACACACACACUCACACUCACACACACACACACACACACACACACACACACACACACACACACACACACACACACACAAUGUGAUCUCACAGAAAAUAAUGAUGAAUGAUUGACAUAAAAAGAAAUACAUUGCAACUCUACCAUGUGUUUCUUUACCAGUUAAGGAUAAGCUCGUAUCUUGAGUAGUCCCCUAACAUUAUGAUAAUUUCCCGAAGAAAAAGUUCAGCUACAUCUCGGAUAAGAGUUUUUUCAAAAUAUUUUAAUAUUAUGGCCUCUCCUAGUUGGAAUGUGUUAUAUUUUUAUCCAUGUAUUUAUAUAUGGAUUCCCUUUCCAUUUUUAACUUUAUUGGCUGCAUUUGAUUUACUUAAUCCUUUCAUUGUGCUCUGUUGUAAACUUUUAAGCUGAAAUUUUAUCAAUGGAUAGCUUAUUCUUUCCUAUUUUCUAAGUAUUAUUCCUAGUCUUUUGCAGGAUACUGUCUCUGCAAACUGGGCUGAAGCCCAUUGAAGCUGAGGCUUGUGUAGGUCUUUUUGUCUAGUUUCUUGAGGCUCAGUUUACUUAGAUGAGCCAGUAUUAGGGUGGAAAUUAAAUUUGUUUGUAAAAUAGCCUUAUAAAAAAUUACCUGGUACUGGCUGUGUAUACUGAUGUUAUGUCAUUUUUUGCAUGAACGUAUAAUUGGCUGGAGCUGUGGAGCAGUCUAGUUCAUCAGUUUAUCACAAGUUUUUCAUAUAGUUAUAGAAUCAUUCAUUUCCCCUCUCUUCCAACCAUGAAUUAAAAUUUCGGUCAAGUAUUGAAUUCAGUAACAUCAGAAAGUUUUGAAUAGUGACCUUAUGAGAAUGACAGACUCUUAGGCCCGCAAUUAUAAGUAAAGAUUAAAGGCCCUGUAUCUGCAUCACAAUUUGUAUAGAUGUUCUGUAUUUAAGAAUAUUUAUUGAAAAACAGUUAAUAUACAAGUUAUAUUGUAUCUGAAUUACCUUUCUAACAUGCUGGAUGUGUUUGUGUAUUAUGUUUCUCUAAUAUUACUAAGCUUUAGUUCUAUCCAUUUAAGCUGAAGAAUUGACAUAAAAAGUAUAUUUCUAUGUCUUGAAAUGAUUAAGUGUUUUACGUUGAAUUUUGAAGUAAUUGAACAGUACCUGUAUCUCGCAAAGUUUAGAAUGUGAUACACUUCAAUAUAGAUGUUUACAGGAAGUUUUUGUGUUUAGAAUCUCAAGAUAUGUCUCAUCCACAAAAUCCUUAAUAUAUAUUACCUUAUUUAUUAAAAAAAAUAAUAAUAAUUUUCCCUUGCAUUGAAUUUAUCCAGCAUGAACCUUAUGACAUUUAAAGUCAGUCUUAGACCUGUGUCAGCCUUUAGACCAGUAUGUAUUGAUACUUGGGCCCCAUUUGUGGGGAGUGCCCCUGAGAUGCCCCUAUUUCGAAUGACUAAAUAUAUGAAUGGUGAAAAUCUG